AUGGCUAUGCCAUUUAUAACGCUGUCUGUCCAGACACCCGCUUCAAGCUUCUCUGACGGAGCUACACAGCACAUCUUCAUGCGGCAAAAUGUGCCCAAGCCCCCGCUUCAAGAUGACGGGCGCAUGCUCUUCAUGGCAAAUCUUCCAUCAGAUACCACAGAAACCCAUCUGCGGCGGUUGGUCACAGUUCUUGGUGGACGUGUCGAAUCUGUUCGGUUUCUGCGGCAGUGUGGCGUAAGUCUGUCGCUUGAAGAUGUGGCCUUGCAAUUGGACGAGAUCACAGACCAGGACUUUAGCGCAGAGGUACAGCGUCUCAAAGUCGCAUCCGCACUCCCUGCAAUAUCAAGUCGUACUCUACGUGCGACUGGGAGCUCUGCCCAUGUUGCCCUUGUCGAACCCCAGGAGCUGAAGCGUGUACUCAAAAAUGCUCGUCAGGCUUCAGCCCUCUCCUGGGAAGCUCCAGACGAGCCUGAACUUGGUAGAAAUCUCUACAAGAGCAAUCUCUCGCUCAAGUUUCCGGACCCAAUCAUUUUACAGCAAUCGGUUGAUGCCUAUAUGGAGCUCUUCAACCAAGAAGAAAUUCUCCGCCGUCGCAAGCAAAAGCGCAUGAGAAGCGAGGCUGAUGAAGACGGAUUCAUCACUAUCACUCGCGGGGGCCGGACAGGAGCAGGGCGUGCUUUCAAUGCAGUGCAACAACUCUCCGCCAAGCAGCAAAACAAAGUAGGAGUACUCGACGAUCUGUACAAAUUUCAGCGCAAGGACGUGCAAAAGCAAAAACGAGAGGAGACACGCAGUAAAUUCGAGCAAGAUAAGCGCCGUGUUGCUGAAUUGCGAGAAAGACGCAAGUUCCGCCCGCUGUGA